GAAGGAACCGGUUCCCGUUGGCUCGGCUCGGCUUGGCAAGGCCCGCCACCGCCCUCCCUCCCCCCGCGACCGCGACUCUGCGAGCACGACGAGACCCACGGACCCACCUCGAUCCAGAUCCAGCCAACUGCGCGCGUCGGCGUUACCCCUUCCUCCUCGACGCCACUGCCGUGGAGCGGGGAUCAUCCGCCUGAACCGGGUCGACCGCUUCGUUCCUUGGUGGUGGGUAGCUGGUUGGGGGAGCUCAGAACCUUACACUUACAACUAUGUUCUCCUUGUUCUAUGGUCUAUGGAAGCACGUCUUCAGCAAGGCAGAGUUCCAUGUGCUUAUCCUCGGAGUUCAUAAGGCUGGCAAGACGACCUUGCUAGAAAAGUUGAAGUCGAUCUACUUGAAGGGAGAAGGGCUUCCGCAUGAUCGUAUUGUUCCAACAGUUGGCCUUAAUAUUGGGCGUAUUGAAGAUGCAAAUGUAAAGCUUGUUUUCUGGGAUCUGGGAGGCCAGCCUGGCCUACGAACAAUAUGGGAGAAAUAUUAUGAGGAAGCCCAUGCUGUAAUAUAUGUUAUCGACUCUGCUUCUGCAUCAUCAUUUGAGGAUGCUAAAUCUGCUCUCGAGAAAGUUCUCCGCCAUGAAGAUCUGCAUGGAGCGCCAAUACUUAUAUUUGCAAACAAGCAGGAUUCACCAGCAGCUGUCACGGAGGAAGAAUUGGCUAGACAUCUGCAUCUUAAGGAGUUAGACGAGAGGCCAUGCAUGUUCCAGGCUGGAUCUGCCUUCAAUGGGACGGGGAUCAAACAUGGCGUUGACUGGUUGGUGGAAGAAAUGGAGAGGAGUAAACGCACCGAGGCACUAAGGGCGCGUACAGAAGCAGCUGGGAAGAUUUAACACCUCAAUUCAGGGCUAUCACCUGUGAUUUUCCAAAUGCAAAGCAUCUGAGGAGGAUGGCUUCUGUUAACUCCAUGAAUAGAGACGCUUGUCCGGGUGGAGCCUUGUCCUUUCAGUCACGGGAUCCCCAGAAAAGAUUUCUUGGUUGUGCUGCUCUUGCAGUUUUGUAGUAGGGUGUCCAUUGUAGCAAUGGCAGGGGUGACCGUUGCUUGGGUUUGUUGACCUGCGUAGCACUUAAGAUUGUGUAUCUAAAGUUGUAGGGAUUCAUGUUCAUGCGAUUAUGCUUGGAUAUACGGAGUGACAUCGUGGAGCAUAAAGAUGAUUUGUACAUUCGUCAUGUUCAUCGAGAGUCAUGUGACUUUUAUCAAAAGAAACAAAUACAUUGUGAUAUCAAUCACGAUAUAUGUUUUUCA